AUGAUUUCUCUGUUCCUGCUCUUGUUGCGGGUGCCUGGGACCCUCUUCCAGGAGGACUGCGACGUGAACUCUUGCCACCCCCAGCUGGGGGACCUGAUGGUGGGCCGCGCUGCCCAGCUCUCAGCCUCCUCUACCUGCGGACUAAACGGGCCCCAGAACUACUGCAGCCUCGGAUACAUGGAGGAUGAGCAGAAGUGCUUCACCUGUGACUCCAGGCAGACCUACAAUCUCUAUAACAACCAAGACAGCCACCAGAUUGAGAACGUCAUCACCACCUUUGGCACUGAGCGCAAGAUGAAGUGGUGGCAGUCUCAUAACGGGGUUCAUCAAGUCAGUAUCUGGUUGGAUCUGGAGACUCUCUUCCAGUUCAGCCAUCUGGUCCUCACUUUCAAGAGUUUCCGUCCUGCCGUCAUGUUGGUGGAAAGGUCUAAGGACUAUGGGCACAGUUGGAAGGUGUUCCGCUACUUUGCAGAGGACUGUGCCUCCCACUUCCCUGGGGAUGUCAUCUGUGACAGCAGAUACUCAGCCUCAGAGCCAUCUACUGACGGAGAGGUGGUGUUGAAGGCUCUAGAUCCAAGCUUUGACAUAGAGAACCCAUACGCUCCCCAUAUUCAAGAGCAGAUCACCAUGACCAACCUGCGGAUCAACUUCACCCGUCUGUUCACCCCAGGUGACACCCUACUGGGGCGGAAGAAGAGGAACCCUGAGGAGAAGUACUACUACGUUACCCUGUACGAAAUGGUGGUGCGAGGCAGCUGCUUCUGUAACGGCCAUGCCAGCAUGUGUAUGCCUGUGGAUGGAACAGGAGGAGACAUCUUCAACGAGCCUAACAUGAUUCACGGGCGCUGUGUGUGCCAACACAACACCGUGGGCACCAACUGUGAUAAAUGCCAGGACUUUUACAACGAUGCCCCCUGGAGGCCAGCAGGCCAAACUGACCCACACGUCUGCAGAAGGUGCAACUGUCAUGGCCAUUCGGAGACGUGUCACUUUGACAUAGGCCAGUACCAGGCCAGUGGAGGGGUCAGCGGAGGGGUGUGUGACGAUUGCCAACAUGACCGCAUGGGCCCCCAGUGGGAACGGUGCCGACCCUACCUCUACCAGGACCCCCAGCUCUCCAUGGAAGACACUUGGGGCUGUAUCUCGUGUGACUGUGACCCAAUGGGGACCCUGGAUAACGGCCUGUGUGACCCCGUGUCGGGCCGCCGCGUGUGUAAGGAGAACGUGGCGGGGGACAGGUGUGAACACUGUAAAUUCAGCUUUUAUGGGUUCAGCCAGGAGGACCCCACUGGCUGCCAGAGGUGCAAGUGUAACUUCCUGGGUAGUGUCCUGACGCCUUACCCAUGUGACCAGCAGACAGGUCAGUGUGUGUGUCAGCGCCUCGCCACAGGACCCGUGUGUGACUGAUGUCUGCCAGGUUACUGGGAUCUGGGGAACACUGUGCACACCUGUUCUCCUUGUGACUGUGACCAUGGAGGAGCCUACAGCAGCACGUGCUCAUCAGUGGACGGCCAGUGUCAGUGCCUACCCAACAUGGUUGGCCGGAGCUGUGGUGAUCCCGCCCACGGACACUUCCUGGCUGGUCUGGACUACUACCUGUACGAUGCAGAGAACGCUGCCCCACUGGAGGGACAAAGCUCCCCUCUGGUGAUGCCUGAGUAUGACGUUUCACCUUCAGCAUUGUGGCCAAUGGCUGCGGAUGGAAAGCUUCAGCGUCAAACUUUUGAUAGUGGAUUAUGUCAGCAAUUCAAAGACCUAAAGUUGAUGUGCAUUCGUGUGCGUAUUCCUCCCCCAGUUGAAAGCCACAGGCCGCCUGUGUGUGAGGAAUACUACAGACAGCAGGGCUAUGACUUCAAAUAUCAAAAUGGCCGCUUGGUCCUGACCAGGAGAAGCAAGAGACAAGCCAGGAGGAGAAGACAGGGACAGAGAUCCAUUCCCCUGGACCUGGGCUCGGCACUCCAGAUUGUACCCCGGGAGAGGACCACAGAUGUGCCAAUCACUUGGACUGGUCCAGGAUUUGUGAGGGUCCUGGAUGGGGUGGGGCUUAGGUUCACUGUCGACAACCUUGCAGCUUCCCUCGACUACCAAGUGGUCAUCCACUAUGAACCAGAGUCGCCAGAUGACUGGAUGGCUUCUGUGAGCAUUGUUCCCUUAUCGGCUGGUGACAGAGGAUGUCCCACUGACCCGACAGGGGAGAAGACCCUCACCCUACCUGGGGCUGCCAGGGUUGCCAUUUUGGAUACGCCUGUGUGUCUGAAUGCGGGAGGGAGAUAUUAUGUGGACAUCAAGUUUAGGACGCAGCCCAACACUAACCCUCAGUCCAGCUCACAUACACUCAUGGACUCAAUGGGUCUGAUCCCUAAGAUGGACUCUGUGCAGAACUUCUGUUCACAGAGUGAGCUGGACUCGUUCAGAAGAUUCCGCUGUGUUGGGUUGGCUGCUGAGCAGGAGACCCUGCCUGAUGUGUGUAAGGGCCUCAUCGGAAGCCUGUCGGCCCGCCUACACAAUGGAGCCAUGCCUUGCAGGUGUAACCUCCAGGGCUCUCAUGGCCCCUCCUGCAGUACAUUUGGAGGGUUGUGUGAGUGCAAGCCCUAUGUGAUUGGCCGCUGCUGUGACUCCUGCGCCCCCCUGACAUUUGGUUUCGGACCCAACGGUUGCACACCCUGUGAGUGUGAACCUCGUGGCGCGGUGGCGGAGCUGUGUGACCAGGUCAGGGGUCAGUGUCCGUGUCGUAUGGAGGUAGGCGGACGGCGCUGUAACCGCUGCCUGCCGGGGUACUACAGCUUUCCCCUGUGUCGGCACUGUGACUGCAACGGCCUGGCUGAACUGUGUGACCAGGACACUGGAGCCUGUCUGGACUGCAGGGAGCAUUCCACCGGAGGCAAAUGUGAGAGGUGUGUGGAGGGAUACUUUUGUGACCCAGUCUCCAGGGAGCCCUGUGAACCUUGUCUGUGUCCUGACACUCAGUCCAGUGGACGGUUCUUCGCUAGCACCUGCAACAAUGACCCAGAGUCUGGUAGCCUGACCUGUGACGGCCUGGCUGUACACAAAGGUCUACGCUGUGAUGCCUGCUCCGCUGGUUUCUAUGGUGACCUGACCACGCCAGGCGGCGGCUGCAAGGAGUGUCUCUGUAACAACAUCGACCCUGCUGACAGUGUGACAGAGUGUCUGCGUUGCCUCCACAACACCCAGGGACCCCACUGUCAGAGCUGUAAGCCUGGCUACUAUGGAGACGCAUUGGCCCAGAACUGCAAAGAGUGCUCCUGUGACCGGCGGGGGACGGAGGUGACCCAGUGCCCUCUGGGCAGCCCGUGUUUCUGUGACCCACUCACGGGGCAGUGCCCGUGUCGGGCGGGCGUGGUGGGCACGCUUAAACCGUGACACACGCUGUGUGACGAGUGUGCCGACAGCUUCUGGAACAUUCAGGGAGAGUCCGGCUGCCAACCGUGCAAAUGUGACCCUGCCAACUCCCUCAAUAACCACUGUGACAAGGUGUCUGGUCAGUACCAGUGUCGUACUGAGUUUGGAGGCAAACAGUGUGAUGAGUGUGGGGAGAAUCACUUUGGGAACCCUGACCUGCAGUGUGUCAUCUGUGACUGCAUCAUGGAGGGAACCGACCGUCCUGCCUGUGACCCCUUGACAGGUGAGUGCCUGUGCCGCGUUGGUGUGAAGGGCAUCUUCUGUGACGAGUGUGCCCCCGGGUAUGACCAAGUCUUCCCCUCCUGCACCCCGUGCCACCCCUGUGCCGUCCUGUGGGUGGACAACGUCACUGACGUCCACCGUGCUGCACAGAGGAUGCGCACGGUGGCGAGCAGCUGGAGCCAGGAUACAGUAGUCAGUGGCAACGCAUGCUGGAGAUGCACUCCAAGUUGGACUAUCUGGAAGCUCAAAGAUACCAUAGAACCCAACAGCAUCAUCAUGGACCCAACAUCUGUUCUGAACACUGAGAUUGACAACAUCCGCCGCGAGUUCAAGAUGCUGUUGGAUAACUUAAAGGACAAAAUCAGCGAGGAGCCAACAGUAGAUCCAGAGAAACUGCAGGAGGCCCUGGAGGAGAUCAGGAAGCAGCAUGCAUACUUCAUGGCUGAUGAUAAGAAGGUGAAGGAGGCCAAGAGGGCCCUGGAGAACUCCAUGGACACAAGGCAGGAGGUCAACGACCAUCUGUCCAGCUGCAGCCACUUGGGAGACAUGGAGGCGCUGGAGAAGAAUGUCAAGGCUCUGAGUGUGGCCAAACUCAACAAAAACAUGGGUAUCUGUGGAGCGCCAGGCGAUGAGGUAUGCUCCAAGUCAGAGUGUGGGGGUGCGCUGUGCCGAGACAUCCUGGGACAGAUAGAAUGUGGGGGUCCUACGUGCAAGGGCAGUGUCCCUGUGAGCCACAACACCACAAAAACAGCAGAUCAAGUAGAGAAUGGCAUUGUAGACUUGCUCCACAAACUACAGGACUCCAAGAUCAAGAUCAAUGAGGCCAAACAGAUGACCAAGGACACCCAUCAUCAGGCGGAGGAGAUGAAGAAGAACAUCACUGACAGCAAGGAGAUGUUUGAGAGGGAGAAGAAAGACACCAAGGACCUCAUCAAGAGGCUGGAAAUAAGACUACCUCACAGGUCAGUGCGGAGGCUAGCUGGAAAUAAGCUUGACAUUUCCAUGCAAAGAUCCCUUAAAAAACUUACUGAUGAGAUGUUGGCACCAGAGGACAUAGAAAGGUUGGCCAAGGGUGUUCUGGCCAUCCAGUUUCCGGGCUCUCCAGACAACAUCCGCUCCAUGAUCCAGAACAUCCGGGGCGUGCUGGCCAACUUCACUGAGUUCAAGGAGGAUCUGAAAUACCUGGAGGACCAAACCAAGACAGCCCAAGACCUACUGGAGAAUGCUCUGGAUAUCAGGGACAGAACCAAGGGUACUGAUGUUAUGGAUAUCAAGAAAGCCAUAGCGGACACUGAGAAAGCACAGGACAAGGUUGAGCAAGAUCUGGAGAAGGCUACGGAAAACAAUGACAUGGCGGACGAGAUGAUUAAAGAGAUUGAGAAGAAACUGAACAACAGAGAGACUAACUUUAACUCCACUAGACCUCCAGAGAUGCUGGAGGAGAUUGAGGCUCUGAAGAAGAAGACAGAGAUGAACAGAGAGCAGGCGGAGCAGGCCAAAGCUGAUACUAACACAGCCCUGGGUAGCGCUACUGACACAGAGAAGGAUUAA